UUGAAGUAUUCAACAAUAAUGAAUGGGCACGUUUAAUCCAUUUUGUUAACCCCUAUAUAUUGUGGAUAUUAGAAUGGAAAACAGCUCGAUGUCAUUUAUUAAUUAUUCAUCAACUGUUGAAACAACAACGUUGGAAAGAGAUGUAUGGAAAAUGGGUAUUUUCUCUUGGUCAGAUGCAGUUAUUUGUUCUGUAUUCGUUGGCAUCAUGACGGUAUUUGGACUAGUGGCAAAUCUGACGACAAUCGUAGUGAUUGUAAAAACACCGAAGUUGAAAUCAUUGCCAUUCAACGCAUUAAUAGCCAGCUUGUGCGUCUCUGACAUCAUCGCAUCCUGCAACAGUCCUCUCAUGCUUUAUUGGAAGACAUUUGGAUACUACAGAUACCAGUUGCCAGAAUUCUUUUGCAAGGUUACUUUACCAAUAAACAGUUGGACAAAUACUUCUACAAUUCAACAUAUUCUGGCCUUCAUGCUGAUUCGACUCGGUGCUAUCAGUUAUCCCCAUCGUUUAAAAGAUUUCACCCUUCGAAGGGCAAAGAUUCUGAUCACUGUAAUAUGGAUUGUAACCUUUAUCGGAAAUAGUUGCUUCCCGAUGUGGUUCUUAGGAGUACAUGACACGGAAGCAGGGAGUUUCACGCGUUCAGCGUGCGUUACUGAUAAGUCUAUAUGGUUCAUCGUAAGAAAAGUUUCAUACGUAAGACAGAUUAUCUUCUUGUACAUUCCAAUGGUUCUCAUCGUCACAUCUACGCUUCUUCUCAUUAGACUGUUGAUAAUUCGUCGAAACAAGAAACAACAAGAAAAAAAUGAUAAUUCUGACGUCAGCAAAGAGAAUGCUGCAUUGAUUCAACUAUCGUUAAUCGUAACUUCGUUCUUAAUUGGAUAUUUACCGGAUUUUGGAUUCAGAAUUUCGGUAAUGAUCAAAUCACUGGGUAUUAAAUUCGGCGGAAGAAGUGCUUGGUUACUCAGUAUGUUAUCUCAUCUUGUUCAGAGAUCCACAGAAUGUCUGAAUCCUAUAUUUUACAACCUAGGAUCUAGUCAGCUGAGAGAAGCUACCAAACAAUUUCUCGGCUUCGAGAAGGUAGUGUACGCUUCUUCGACUAAAUCGAGUGAAAUGCAAAAAAAGAACCAACAUACCAAUGUAAGCGUAUAAUCAGAUGGAAACAGAAAUUUCAUGUUGGACAGAGGAAAGACUGAAACUUAGUUGUACAAAUGUAAUUUUUCAUUAUUAUAUACUUAUCAGAAACAUUGUAUAUUGUUAUAUAUAUUUCAUAUUUGGUUAUUAAGUUUUAUUUUUAUUUGCAUAAAUUAUGUAUUGCUAUGAUUUGAAUUGAGAUAUUGAAGAAUGGUAAAUUUACAGUUGGUAAGACAUUGUAUAUUGUUAUAUUUGACUUUUGGUUGAAGUUUUUCUGCUAUACGAUAUUUAUUACAACACUACAUAAAU